AUGAAGAUUAGAAAGGCAAUUAAAUGCUAUGAAAAAUCAUUAAAAUUUCCAAUACAAAUAGGGAAAAAAGGGAACAAAACAAUUGCAUAUCUUGGGUUAGGAGAUGCUUAUAGAUUAAACAAUCAGUUUCAAAAGGCAAUUGAGUACUAUGAAAAAUCAUUGAAAAUUGUACAGAAAAGAGGAGAUAGAGAGAAUGAAACAAUUGCAUAUCUUGGGUUAGGACAUGCUUAUAGAUUGAACAAUCAGAUUCAAACGGCAAUUGAUUACUACGAAAAAUCAAUGGAAAUUGCACAGAAAAGAGAAGAUAGAGAGAAUGAAACACUUGCAUAUCUUAACUUAGGAAAUAAACGAGAAGAUAGAGAGAAUGAAACACAACGAGAAGAUACAGUGGGCGAAACAGUUUCAUAUCUUGGGUUAGGAGAUGCUUAUAGAUUGAAAAAUCAGAUUCAAACGGCAAUUGAUUACUUUGAAAAAUCAUUGAAAAUUUCACAGGAACGAGAAGAUAGAGAAAGCGAAACAGUUGCAUAUCUUGGGUUGGGACAUGCUUAUAGAUUGAACAAUCAGAUUCAAACGGCAAUUGAGUACUUUGAAAAAUCAUUGAAAAUUGCACAGAAGCGAGAAGAUAAAGAGAAUGAAACAGGUGCAUAUCUUGAGUUAGGACAUGCUAAUAUAUUUAACAAUCAGAUUCAAACGGCAAUUGAGUACUACGAAAAAUCAUUGAAAAUUGCACAGGAACGAGAAGAUAAAGAGAAUGAAACACGUGCAUAUAUUGAGUUAGGACAAGCUUAUAGAUUGAACAAUCAGAUUCAAACGGCAAUUGAGUACUACGAAAAAUCAUUGAAAAUUGCACAGGAACGAGGAGACAGAAAGGAUGAAACAGUUGCAUAUCUUGGGUUAGGAGAUGCUUAUAGAAUGAAGAAUCAGAUUCAAACGGCAAUUGAGUACUACGUAAAAGCAUUGAAAAUUGCACAGGAACGAGAAGAUAGAGAGAAUGAAACACGUGCAAUUCAAACGGCAUUUGAGUACUACGAAAAAUCAUUGAAAAUUGCACAGGAACGAGAAGAUACAGAGGGCGAAACACUUGCAUAUCUUGGGUUGGGACAUGCUUAUAGAUUGAGCAAUCAGAUUCAAACAGCAAUUGAGUACUUUGAAAAAUCAUUGAAAAUUGCACAGGAGCGAGAAAAUAGAGAGAAUGAAACACGUGCAUAUCUUAGGUUAGGAUAUGCUUAUAGAUUGAACAAUCAGAUUCAAACGGCAAUUAAGUACUUUGGAAAAUCAUUGAAAAUUGCACAGGAACGAGAAGAUAAAGAGAAUGAAACACGUGCAUAUCUUGAGUUAGGACAAGCUUAUAGAUUGAACAAUCAGAUUCAAACGGCAAUUGAGUACUACGAAAAAUCAUUGAAAAUUGCACAGGAACGAGGAGACAGAAAGGAUGAAACAGCAAUUGAGUACCACGAAAAAUCAUUGAAAAUUUCACAGGAACUAGAAGAUAGAGAGAAAGCAGGAGCAUAUCUUGGGUUUGGAGAUGGGUAUAGUUUGAACAAUCAGUGUAAAACGGCAAUUGAACACUAUGGGAUAUUUAUGUUGUAA